AUGUCAAACCACCUCGAAGCAAUGGACCUCCCCUCCCCAAAUCUCAACACCCAUCUCCUCCACACCGACACCACCCACCAAAAACGCUACACAACAAUCUCCAUCCCCUCAACCUACGGCCGCCUCAACACAUCCCCACCAGCCGGCACCGUAAUCGGCAUCGUGCUAGGCAGCGUGGCCGGCUUCUGCCUGUUGAUGUACAUCCUUUUCCUCGCCCUGAACCCCGGCGGCAUCAAGCGCGGCGGGUCAGGCACAGUCGCAACAGGCACAGCCUCGUCUCUAUCGACGUCGAUGAUGGAUGAGGAGGAAGGUAUCAGCGGACGAUCUGGACGGCGACGCCGUGAUCAUAUUGAUGUUCUCGAGGAGAGGGAGACGUUCCGGGAUAGUUAUCGGAGACAGCCUUCGUCGAGAAGGGAUCGUGUUAUUGUUGAGGAGUCCCUCGUUACUUCGACGACGGGGGAGGGGGAUGUUAUUGAGGUUGAGGAGGAUGAGUCGACUAUACCCUCUGAUCUUUCGCCGAGGCCGUCGAGGAGGUCUAGGUCGAGGAGAAGUGGUGGGGUUAGGAGUAUUGAUCCGUUGGCUUAUGGGGGUGGGAGUGAUUAUAGUUCUCAGCGGUGA